CCAAAAAAAUAAGUAAAAAAAUAAAAAUACCUCCUGAAUUUAUACAGAACCCGUUAUGAAGUUCUCCGAGAAAUUGGGAGCCCACUUAACACCGGAAUGGCGCCAGCAAUAUAUAUCUUAUGUGGAUCUGAAAAACAUGAUUUUGAAUGUCAUUGAAAAUGCCCCAAUUCCACAGAUGGUCUCGGGCCGGAUGAUUGAAGUCUAUUUCCGAAAUUUCGAAGAUGAAUUCUUUUUUGAAUGUGAAAAGGAGCUGCGCAAGAUCAAUACAUUUUAUGCGGAGAAAUUGGCAGAAGCCACCAGGCGCAGUGAGGCCUUGGCCACAUCUUUAGAUGUCAUUGGAGCUGAAUUUCGUUUGAAGAAACGUACCCAGUCUCGUUACAGUCUACAUGCCAAUGCACUGAGUAAGACAUCCAAGAAAUGGAAGAAAACAAAAAUGGAGGAACUACGUAAUGCCUAUAGUGAGCUGUAUUUGAGUUUGGUGCUGUUGCAGAACUAUAAGGUUUUGAAUCAUACCGGAUUUCGUAAGAUAUUGAAGAAACAUGAUAAGCUUUUGAACAAUGACCAGGGGGCUAAAUGGUUUGCCAAGAAUGUCGAUACGGCCUAUUUUUAUAAGAACAAUGACUUGGAUCGUCUAAUUGAGGAGGCGGAAUAUAAUGUCACCGAAUAUUUGGAAAAUGGCGAUAGGGCCCAGGCCAUGAAACGUUUGCGGGUACCACCCUUGGAGGAGACACAAGAUAUUGGCACAGUGUUUCGGGUGGGAUUUUUCAUUGGAGUCUUUACGGUGCUGUUGGCCGCCGUGUUUUUGACAGAUUCUGUGCAGUCUCUAAGUUCCCUGGACAAACAAUAUGGCUUGAUAUUAUUUCGUGGACCCUUCUAUGUGAUCAUGUAUCUGUUCCUCUUGGGUGUCAAUGUUUUGGCCUGGCGUCAAUAUGGAGUCAAUCAUAUUUUAAUUUUUGAAAUCAAUCCUCGCAAACGCCUGACCUCAUCUCAUCUAUUGGAACUGCAUGGCAUAUUUGGGGUACUGUGGUGCCUUUGUGUGUUGGGUUUUAUUUAUGGCCCAGUAUUGUAUCUACCGCGUUAUUGGUUUCCUUUGCUGUUCCUUGUUAUGAUGUUGGGAUUUUUACUCGUACCUUUGCCAAUUUUUCAUUUGAGUGGCCGCCUGUGGUUAAUGAGGUUGAUGGGUCGCGUCUGUGCUGCGCCAUUCUAUGCCGUUGGUUUUGCUGAUUUUUGGUUUGGUGAUCAAUUGAAUUCUUUGGUUUCCUGCCUCUUGGAUCUGAAAUACAUGGUCUGUUUCUAUUCCCUGCACUCACAGUGGGGUGAAAAUUUCGAACCGGGUAAAUGUCUGGAUCAGGACUAUAUCGGAAAUGCCAUAAUACGCUGCCUCCCGGCCUGGUUUCGUUUUGCCCAAUCCGUGCGACGAUAUCGUGAUACCGGCCUGGUACAUCCCUUCCUUGUGAAUGCUGGGAAAUAUUUCACCACAUUUCCCAUGGUCUUGUUUGCAACGCUAAUGGCAGUAUAUAAAGCCGAUUAUCCCCAUUUCUUUGCCAAUCCCUUCGUGUGGUGUUACAUCAUUGCGGCCACAGUCCAAACGUUGUAUUGUUACAGCUGGGAUAUUUUACGCGAUUUUAGUUUAUUUGAAAACUUCUCAGGCAAAAAUAUAUUCCUACGCGAUCAAAUAAUAUAUCCUGCGAAAUUCUAUUAUUUUGUGAUAGUGGAGAAUUUGUUUUUACGUUUCUUUUGGGUCAUCUCGAUGUUUAUGACCGUGAAUCGUGGCAUUGAGGCUUAUCUAAUGGACACCAUUGCUGGUUGCUUGGAAAUUUUCAGACGCUACCUCUGGAACUACAUACGGCUGGAGAACGAACACCUCUUUAAUGUGGGUCAGUUUCGAGCGGUACGCGACAUAUUCAUUGCACCCAUUGAAGAUGACAAAAGUUCCAUUAAUCUUGAACGGAUGAUGGACGAAGAGGAUGGUGUGCAGAAUCGCAAAAGGAAAAUUCAAUUUCAGGAUGAUGACAAGGAGGAUUAAACAAUUCGAUUUUAUCUAUAUUUAUUUAUUAGA